CUUUACUCGACGAAGGGGUAUACCACUAGCGUCACACUUCGAGGUUCAACCGAAGCUCAGCCAAUCAAUCUGAUACUCGGAGCUUUUGUGUGCUUGUAAUUGAUGGAUAAGGCAACGCUGUGGACAUGUCGGUGGUCGGUGAUGAUCAACAGCGGCAGACUAUUUGUUCUUUCGCCAUGGUGCAUCCGUCCAGUUUGGUACAUCUCACCAUAGAAAGAUGACCUUGCACAUGCUUCUUGGGCCAACAACGUGACGACACAAUGCCAGUGGUGCAAAGAUGGAUCUUUCUUGUUAAAUCUUGUAAAGACGCUGGGUAAAAAACCCAUGUGCAACGGUUUUGAAAAUUCGAUAGGGAUAAGGAUAAUCUAUCUGUUCCCGUGACCGGCCAAACCCUGCUAGCCUGUGGUCGUCAAGCAUCUUGACCGUCUGGAAGGCAGAUAAUGGGUUCAAGUAGAUGAGGUAAACCAAAUCUGUGAUUGAACAGUUUGAACUACCCAUGGCAUAUUCGUAACACUUGAUUAUCUGGAUUACUCGUAACACUGGAUUAUCUGAACUACCCGUGUGAAAUUGACCUUCUGCUGAUCGUGUGAACGGCUGAGAUGGCCGAAUGCGUCGACACCAAAGAACGGGUGACGGUUCAUUUUCGCUCACAAUUUUCGACGGGUUGUCGCUUUCCAAGUGGGAUCGAACCUCAAUCGGAGUUCUGUCCCUUGCCAGCUCGCGGUCCACGGGUGCUCUACCGCUGGUUAGCAAGCAAGAAAACCUAGAACAAUGUUGGAGGCGCAUGUUGCUACCACCCGGGUUUGUCGUGCGAUCCCGACAGGACCACAAUGGCUUGUCCCCGAGUGUUUGCUAGCUAGCUGGCUACUACGGUAGCUAGCUAUCCAGGGGAUGAGACCGCGGAUGGCCAUGGAGGGAGGAAACGACCAAUCUCUUCUUCUCACAAUCUCAAUUACUUGAGCACAAGAAGCAACAGCAAAACAAAAACAACCGGAUCUACUCCGCUACAACCAUCUUUCUAGUCACCACAGCUCAACUAACUAACUGUCUCUCAAAAUGUCUACUUCUUGGUACGCUACUCUUCCAUCUGGUGCCUGCACCAUGACCGCUCCCGUUCGAGAUGCCCCCUACGAAGAUUUCGGCUGCCUCUACCCGACAUUUGCCAAGACUUUCAUGAACUGGGAAAUGCCAACCGAGAAUUUCCCCAAGAUCCUCGAGUUCAUGGAGAACAACAGCUGGUUGCCCAUUGUCACUGUAACCUUGUAUGCCAUUGCCAUCUUUUGGGGACAGCACUACAUGGCUGACAAGCCAGCCUGGGACUGGCGAAAGCGCCUCGCUGCUUGGAAUCUCUUCUUGGCUGUCUUUUCGGGUUUUGCCUUUAUGCGCUUGGUGCCCCACCUCUUGCACAACCUUUGGCACUACGAUUUCCAAACCAAUGUGUGUGCCGACCCCUACACCCUUGGUGGAUUCGGUCCCACUCCAUUCUGGGGUACGGUGUUUGCCUGGAGCAAGUUUGCGGAACUCAUUGAUACCUUCUUCAUUGUGGUCCGCAAGAAGAAGCUCAUGUUCCUUCACUGGUACCACCACAUCACUGUCUUGCUCUGCUGCUGGCACACAAUGAUCAGUGGAAGUCCUUCAGCAUUCAUCUUCUGCGUUGUCAACUACGGAGUCCACACGGUUAUGUACUUCUACUACUUCCUCAUGGCUGUCCGAUGCAAGCCCAAGUGGAUGAACCCAAAGAUCAUCACUGUUGCCCAGAUUCUUCAGAUGGUUGUGGGAGUUGGUGUCUGCGUUGGAUCCUACAAAUACGCCGGAAAGAAUGGAUGCUUUGCUGAUCCCUUGAACAUUCGGGGGACCUUGUUCAUGUACGCAAGCUACCUCUACCUGUUCUGCGAGUUCUUCUUCAAGCGUUACCUGAUCAAGACCGGCAACAAGAAGAGCAAGGCUGCUUAGAACAGGACUUCCACCCAGUGGUUCCCUUUCCGAAGUCGACACUUGGUCGUCUUCUAAGAUCUUUUUGUCAGCUAGCCAGUAGUGACAGUUUUAUGUUUAAGAAUGUGUUGUUUCU